CCCAGCCCCAGCCCCGGCCCCGGCUGGCUGGUCAGACCGCUGACCCCCGGCCGGCCGCCCCGCGCCCCGCGCCGCCGCCGAGACAAUGGACGCGGGAGCCGCCCCGCACAAGCACAUGGAGCACUGCAUGAGAGCCAUGCAGGCUGGGACGCAGAUGGUGAAGCUCCGUGGCAGCUCCAAGGGUCUGGCCCGCUUCUACUUUCUGGACGAGCAUCGCUCCUGCGUCCGCUGGCGGCCGUCGAGGAAGAGUGAGAAGGCCAAGAUCUCCAUCGACUGCAUCCAGGAGGUGAGCGAGGGGCGGCAGUCGGAGAUCUUCCAGCGCUACCCCGACGGCAGCUUCGACCCCAACUGCUGCUUCAGCAUCUACCACGGGAGCCCCCGCGAGUCCCUGGACCUGGUGUCCGGCAGCGGCGAGGAGGCGCGCACCUGGGUGAUGGGCCUGCGCUACCUCAUGGCCGGCAUCAGCGACGAGGACAGCCUGGCCCGGCGGCAGCGCACCCGCGACCAAUAUCCUUGGUGGCUGAAGCAGACCUUCGACGAGGCGGACAAGAACGGGGACGGCAGCCUGAGCAUCGGGGAGGUGCUGCAGCUGCUGCACAAGCUCAACGUGAACCUGCCGAGGCAGCGCGUCAAGCAGAUGUUCAGGGAAGCAGACACGGACGACCGCCAGGGGACACUGGACUUCGAGGAGUUCUGUGCCUUCUACAAGAUGAUGUCCACGCGCCGGGACCUCUACCUGCUGCUGCUCACCUACAGCAACCACAAGGACCACCUGGACGCCGCCGACCUGCAGCGCUUCCUGGAGGUGGAGCAGAAGAUGGCGGGUGUGACACUGGAGGGUUGCCGGGACCUCAUCGAGCAGUUUGAGCCGUGCCCGGAAAACAAGAAGAAGGGGGUGCUGGGCAUCGACGGCUUCACCAACUACACGCGGAGCCCCGCGGGCGACAUCUUCAACCCCGAGCACCACGGGGUGCACCAGGACAUGACGCGGCCGCUGAGCCACUACUUCAUCACCUCGUCCCACAACACGUACCUGGUGGGCGACCAGCUCAUGUCCCAGUCGCGCGUGGACAUGUACGCCUGGGCCCUGCAGGCCGGCUGCCGCUGCGUGGAGGUGGACUGCUGGGACGGCCCCGACGGGGAGCCCAUCGUGCACCACGGCUACACCCUCACCUCCAAGAUCCUUUUCCGGGACGUGGUGGAGACCAUCAACAAGUACGCCUUCACCAAGAACGAGUACCCCGUGAUCCUGUCGCUGGAGAACCACUGCAGCGUGGCGCAGCAGAAGAAGAUGGCGCAGUACCUGAGCGACAUCCUUGGGGACAAGCUGGACCUGUCGUCCGUGUGUGGGGAGGACGCACACACGCUGCCCUCCCCGCACAUGCUCAGGGGCAAGAUCCUGGUGAAGGGCAAGAAGCUGCCGGCCACGCUCAGCGAGGAUGCCGAGGAGGGGGAUGUGUCAGAUGAGGACAGUGCUGACGAGAUGGACGAUGACUGCAAACUGCUGGAUGGGGAGGCCUCUGCCAACCGGAAGCGUGUGGAGAACAUCGCCAAGAGGAGGCUAGACUCGCUUUUGAAGGAGUCUAGGAUACGCGACUGUGAAGACCCCAACGACUUCGCCGUGUCCUCACUCGGGACCCUGGGGAGACGAAUGCCCAAGAUGGACAGCAAGGCCGGGGAGGACAUGGAGGCUGGGGAAGAGGCGAGCACGACCAGGCGGGACAGCAGGCGCUUCCUGAGCAGCUUCUCCAAGCGCAAGAAAAAGAGCAGCAAGCUCAAAAAGGUGGCCAGCGUGGAGGAGGGAGAUGAGGCCCUGGACGCCCAGGGUAGCCAGACCCGAGGGGCCAGCCGGCAGAAGAAGACCAUGAAGCUGUCACGCGCGCUGUCGGACCUGGUGAAGUACACCAAGUCCGUGGGUGCUCACGACGUGGACUCGGAGGUGGCUUGCAGCUGGCAGGUGUCCUCGUUCAGCGAGACGCGGGCGCAGCACAUCGUGCAGCAGAAGCCGGAGCAGUACCUGCGCUUCAACCAGCACCAGCUCAGCCGCAUCUACCCCUCGUCUUACCGCGUGGACUCCAGCAACUACAACCCGCAGCCCUUCUGGAACGCCGGCUGCCACAUGGUGGCCCUGAACUACCAGUCAGAGGGGCGGAUGCUGCAGCUGAACCGGGCCAAGUUCAGUGCCAACGGCAGCUGUGGCUACGUGCUCAAGCCACUGUGCAUGUGCCAGGGCGUCUUCAACCCCAACUCGGAGGACCCCCUGCCCGGGCAGCUCAAGAAACAGCUCGUGCUGCGGAUCAUCAGCGGGCAGCAGCUCCCCAAACCGCGGGACUCCAUGCUGGGGGACCGUGGGGAGAUCAUAGACCCCUUCGUGGAGGUGGAGGUCAUCGGGCUCCCGGUGGACUGCAGCAAGGAGCAGACCCGAGUGGUGGACGACAACGGUUUCAACCCCAUGUGGGAGGAGACGCUGGUGUUCACGGUGCACAUGCCCGAGAUAGCGCUGGUGCGCUUCCUCGUCUGGGACCACGAUCCCAUCGGGCGCGACUUCAUCGGCCAGAGGACGCUGGCCUUCAGCAGCAUGAUGCCAGGCUACCGGCACGUGUACCUGGAAGGGAUGGAGGAGGCCUCCAUCUUUGUCCACGUGGCCAUCAGCGACGUCAGCGGUAAGGUCAGGCAGACUCUGGGGCUAAGAGGCCUGUUCCUGCGAGGCUCCAAGCCGGGCUCCCUGGACAGUCAUGCUGCUGGCCGGCCCCCGCCCCGGGUGCCCGUUAGCCAGCGGCUGCUUCGGCGCACGGCUAGCGCCCCCACCAAGAGCCAGAAGCCGGGCCGCAAGGCCUUCCCUGAGCUGGUCCCGGGCACGCCGAGUGUGGGUUCUGAGGGGGAGGCCCCUGACAUGGGCCCCCCCAGCCCAGGCCCCACUCCGGAGGCCCAGAGCCAGGACAAGGCCGGCAGUGGUGCCCGAGGUAAGGCGGCGGCAGAGAGGGGCCUGCCGCAGAACCGGUUCCCACGAGUCUCCGCACCCCCUGGCCCAGCGGGCAUGGCGGCUGCCUGCAUGAAGUGUGUCGUGGGCUCCUGUGGUGGUGGAGGCAGCGGUGGUGUAGAGGGCCUAUGGAGGGACCAGCAGACUAACCCGGGACUGGAGGGCACGCCUGGCGCCAUCUGUGAGCAGCCUCGGGCCCAGGCUGGCUCCCCGGUGGCCCAGCAGCAGGACGAGGGCAGCCGAGGCCCCAUGUCCCCCCUCUCCAGCAGCUUGGGCAGCCCCGAGGUGGCCCCUUGCAGGCAGCCAGGGGCGCUUCAGACCGAGAUGAGUGCCCUGUUUUCUCAGAAGCUGGAAGAGAUCAGGAGCAAGUCCCCCAUGUUCUCCACAGGUAAGGCCACGCCCCGAUUCCCUCACACCCCUCCUGCAUCUGACUCCAGCCUUAGCUAAACCUACCGAAGCUGGGGAAUAGCCUCUUCAGGGUCCCCAAAAUG